AAACUUUUGAGAAGUAAACUCAGAGAGAGAAUUGAUGGAGAUGCAACCUACUGUCCCUGCCCUGCUAAAGCAUUCAAUGCUUUUUGGCAAUACUAAGAAAGUGGGAGAAAGACAGAGACAGUGAUGUCUCCAUGCAGACAAAGAUAUACAUCUCUCUUUGCAAUAAUUCAGUUUACUCUUCAGAAGAUGCAGAACAAGUUGAGCAGUUGAUGAUCAGUGAAUCAAGCAUCCAGCAUGGACAUGAUCAUGAGCAUACAAAGUGGAUGUCUUCCAAGAUGAGAUUGAUGAAGAAGAUGAUGAACUCUAAUCAAAGCACAUCUACAAGCAAACCAAGAAGAAAUAACAGUGUUCCUGAAAGUGGUGAUGUUAUUAGAGUUUGCUCAGAUUGUCGGACAACCAAGACUCCUUUGUGGAGGAGUGGUCCUCAAGGCCCCAAGUCUCUAUGCAAUGCAUGUGGAAUAAGGCAGAGGAAGGCUAGGAAGUUGCAGAGCAUGGCGAUGUCUUCAGACCGCGGUCACACUGUGCCUUUCAAGAAAAGGUUCAAGAUCACAACGACCGAAAACUCAGCAUUUCAUCCAAGAUUGUUGCCUCAAGAUGAGAAGGAAGCUGCCAUCUUGUUAAUGGCUCUAUCUUGUGGCCUUCUCCAUAGUUAAGCAGAAUAAUUUUUAAGAUUCCAAGAGUGUUCUGUCUUGCUGUCUCUCUUGUGUUUCUGUUGCUGUGAUCAAGAAGUUGUUGCACUAGAGCGUUCACAAUGUCAUUCCUUGUGAUGACUUUAGAAUCUAAGGCAAUAAAAACACUAUCUAAAGUCAUCACAAAUGUCAUUCAUACCUUCAAUUUGUGAAUCAGUGUUUCAUGUCAUUAUCUAGAAUUCUUUUGAAAAUAUAUCAAAUGGGCAUUAUACCAGUGUUUAGAGUUCAGUGUUUCACAUUGUCAUUCUCCUUGAGAUGAUUUCUGAAGCAAUAAAACUAUAUCUAUCUAUUGAUUCAA